AGAAAUCUGUAGAGCUUGGGUACAUAUACUCAUUUUCUACUUUGCAUAGAUUCAGAAGAGCAAUACAAGAAAUGGAAUCUCAAAGAAUGGCCUCCCUGAACUCUAGCCUCUGGAAUGAAACUACCACAUCUGUUUAUCAGUAUCUUGGUUUUCAAGUCCAAAAAAUUUACCCUUUCCAUGAUAACUGGAACACUGCCUGCUUUGUCAUUCUGCUUUUAUUUAUAUUUACAGUGAUCUCUUUAGUAGUGCUGGCUUUCCUUUAUGAAGUGCUUGACUGCUGCUGCUGUGUAAAAAAUAAAACUGUGAAAGACCUGCAAAGCGAGCCUAACCCUCUUAGAAGUAUGAUGGACAACAUUAGGAAACAUGAAAUUGAAGUGGUCUAGUGCUCUACCUAAGGUGAAGAAAAUCUUUGACAACAGCCUUCAACUACUAAAAAAAAAAAAAUUCUGAGGCCAGUUGUUAUUGCAAAAAUGACUCGACUUUGAUUAAAAGAUUUCUACUAGAAGAGUAAAACAAGUUCAAUAUGCACUUUUUGUGUGUGUAUCAUUAAAUGUACAGUGAAACUUCAAAAAUGCGAAUAAUCUAUUUAAAAUGACACUUCAGAAAGUGGUUGAAAGAGUCCUAGAAUUCAUUAUUAAACAGCAAAAGGUAAAUGGAAAAAUGUAAGCAAGGCUAAUGAUGCCAAAAUAACUUAUAUCUACACAACCCAUGUGGGCUAAAACAGGUACUACUAUCCUCCAUGUGUCUUCGUAAUAAAAAGACAAUUUAAAAUCUAAAUCCAAAGUUAAAUACUUCCAUACGUAAAGUCUUCAUAUAUAAAGUCCCUACUUACUAAAAAGCAGUAAUUUUCUAGUUCAUUAGAAACAACUUCUACAUCUUUUUACU